AUGUCCGAUCAAGAUGUUGAUCCAAACAAAUUCAAUGAAUUGCGAAGUAACUACAAAUACUACAUCGAUUUGUAUACUGCGUUGUAUCAGCUAAAAACGGAAAAAGAAGAAGAUUUAAACUCAAUUUACAAAAAGAUCAAAACAGAAUUGAUUGAUUCAAAGAAACGUCUCCCAGCAAAUAUUAUAGAAGAUAUUUUAAAUAUCAUUCCUUAUAAUAAUCGCUAUACAAAGUCAUACUUAACUCUUUCCAAAAUGAUAUCUGAUGAAUACCAUGUGGAAGAGGUCGAUAGAUUUUCAAACAUUUCUAUUUUCCUGUUUUACAAAGAAUAUGGAAUUAAAUUAAACAGAAAUUUUGAUACCAAAAUGUAUUUCAAUAUUCAAACAGAAAAUACAAUUUACAGCGCAAUUAUGAAUAAUGAUCUAGAAAGAUUCAUCUCAUUCACGGAAAUAGAAGGAUUUGAUAAGGACCGAAGACUUCAUAACGAUUUAUAUCCAGAACCUUUCAAAGUAUAUUCAUUACUUGAAUUAUGUUGUUACCACGGAGCAGUUGAUUGUUUCAAGUUUUUAAGAACGAAAUUUAACUCAGAAAUAACUCAAACAUGUUUACAAUUUUCAUUUUUAGGAGGAAAUCCAGAGAUCAUGAGUGAAUGUUUGAAAUAUCAGAAACCAAAUGAAAAAUGCAUGGAAUAUGCGAUUAUUUCACACAACAUUGAUUUUGUUACAUUCUUGAUGAAUGAAUACAAUAUAGAAAUCGAUGUAAUAGAUUGCGUAAAUUAUAAUAAUCUUGAAUCAUUAUUAGUUUAUUUCGAUCAAACUAAUGAUUUUAACAAAUGCUUUGUAUAUUCAAUAUGUUUUAAUAUUCCAUCCCUGUUAGAAUAUUUCCUUUCACUUGGUGCAAAUAUCAAUCAAAUAGAUGAAUUUGGAAAUAUCGCUCUUCAAAAUGCAGUACAUUUUGAUAUUAAAGAAAUGACCGAAUUUCUUAUUUCACAUGGUGCAAAUAUCAAUGAGAAAAAUAAUAACGGAGAAACCGCUCUUCAUAUUGCAGCCUGUAAGAAUUAUAAAGAAAUUAUCGAAGUUCUUAUUUCACAUGGUGCAAAUAUCAAUGAAAAAGAUGAGUUUGGAGAAACCGCUCUUCAUAUUGCAGCAACUUAUGAUAAUAAAGAAAUAGCCGAAGUUCUUAUUUCACAUGGUGCAAAUAUCAAUGAAAAAGAUGAAUUAGGACGAACCGCUCUUCAUCGCGCAGCAAACAAUGAUAGUAAAGAAACAGCCGAAGUUCUUAUUUCACAUGGUGCAAAAAAUGAUAUUCCUUCAUAA